AUGGCUCCGGGCGUGUCGGCCCCCUGGCCCUCUCGGCAGGUCUCUGUAGUCGCCGUGCAGCUGGAGGAGAGCUCCUCCCAGAGGUCCCCAAGCCCCAUCAUUCUCGUCCCCCCCACGGACAGACUGGCCCGGAGCCUUAGCUCUGCGGGCACUGGGCUGGUGGUGCCGCUGGUGCUGCUGCUGCCCGCGCCCGGUCCCGCCCGCGGCGCCCCGCGCUUCGACCCCACCUGGGAGUCCCUGGACGCCCGCCCGCUGCCCGCUUGGUUCAACCAGGCCAAGUUCGGCAUCUUCAUCCACUGGGGCGUGUUCUCCGUGCCCAGUUUCGGCAGCGAAUGGUUCUGGUGGUAUUGGCAAAAGGAAAAAAUACAAACAUUUGUGGACUUUAUGAAAAAUAAUUACCCUCCUGAUUUCAAAUAUGAAGAUUUUGGACCGCUAUUUACUGCAAAGUUUUAUAAUGCGAACCAGUGGGCAGAUAUUUUUCAGGCUUCUGGUGCCAAAUAUGUUGUCUUAACUUCCAAACAUCAUGAGGGCUUCACCUUGUGGGGUUCAGAGCAUUCGUGGAACUGGAAUGCUGUAGAUGAGGGGCCCACGAGGGACGUCGUCAAGGAACUGGAGGUAGCCAUUAGGAACAGGACUGACCUGCGUUUUGGACUCUACUAUUCCCUUUUUGAGUGGUUUCAUCUGCUCUUCCUUGAUGAUGAAUCCAGCUCCUUCCAGAAGCGACAGUUUCCAGUUUCUAAGAUGCAGCCCGAGCUCUACGAGUUGGUGAACAAGUACCGGCCGGAGGUCCUGUGGGCAGAUGGUGAUGGAGGGGCACCCGAUUGCUACUGGAACAGCACAGGUUUCUUAGCUUGGCUGUACAAUGAAAGCCCAGUUCGGGACACAGUAGUCACCAAUGACCGUUGGGGAGCUGGUAGCAUCUGUAAGCAUGGUGGCUACUAUACCUGCAGUGACAGGUAUAACCCAGGACAUCUUCUGCCACAUAAGUGGGAAAACUGCAUGACAAUAGACAAGUUUUCCUGGGGCUAUAGGAGGAAUGCAGGAAUCCGUGACUACCUUACAAUUGAAGAAUUGGUGAAGCAACUUGUAGAAACAGUUUCAUGUGGAGGAAAUCUUUUGAUGAAUAUUGGGCCCACUAAGGAUGGGACCAUUUCUCCAAUUUUUGAGGAGCGAUUAAGGCAAAUGGGGACCUGGCUAAAAGUCAAUGGAGAAGCCAUUUAUGAAACCAACACUUGGAGAUCCCAGAAUGACACUGUCACCCCAGAUGUGUGGUACACCUCAAAAGCUAAAGAAAACUUGGUCUAUGCCAUGUUUCUCAAAUGGCCCACAUCAGGACAGCUGUUUCUUGGCCAACCCAAAGCUACUCUGGGGUCAAUAGAGGUUAAGCUACUGGGACAUGGACAGCCACUUAAAUGGAUCUCUUUGGAGAAAAACGGCAUUAUGGUGGAACUGCCACAUCUCACCUUUCAUCAGAUGCCUUGUAAAUGGGGCUGGGCUCUAGCACUAACUAACGUGAUCUAAUGUGCAGCGGAGUGGUUCAUGCUGCAGUUACAUCUAAGACUAGAAAAUAUCAGGUUUCUAUAAUUAUAGCACAUGGAGAAAGCAAAUGUAAAAUGGGUCAAGAAAAGUCAAGUACUUAUUUAGGCAAUACAGUCCGUUUCCCCUCUUACUCCUUAAAUUACCCAUGUAACUAUUAUAGCUCUCCAGUGACCUUGCAUUCAGAACAGGCCUCGCCAAGAUGCGCCAUUUUGGAAUGUAUUCUUUUGAGCUGAAGGCAAUUGAGACUCAGGCUCAUUGAGAAACUUUUAUCUCUCCCUUAAGGAAUUUAAAUUUGGGGCCUUGCCCAUAGUAAGAGUUAUCACCAGAGAUACAUUUUUGGUGUUGUUUUUUUUU